AACCGGCGACCCUUCUGCUUUCUCUUCCCUCUCUCUCUUUAUCUUCUUCAAUUCUUCUUCCAUUUUAUUCACCUCUGCCAGCUAACAAUGUUCACUUAUAAAAAUAGCUAAUAUUAUAACACCCUUGCCUUUAAUCUUUACUACAUAUAGGCCUCGGUAAGCCAGAGACUUCUCUCCAUAGGUAGCUUUAGAGUAGCUCAAAACUAAACUUCAUAUUUCUCUUUAAAAUAAUGGCACUUGCCUUCAAGGGAAAUGUGAUGGGGGAUCUUUCUUCUCCCGGGCCUAACUAUUUGUUUGACGAUCAGGGAGAUGGCUCAGACAAGAACAACAUUGCUAUCAGCAGUAAUUCUUCCUCUCCAAGAAGUGGAAAUUCUAACGGAUUCGCAUUUCAGGCUGAAAUUUAUCAGCCCGAGGAGUCUCCUUCUUUGAUAAGUUUCAUGCACGCUAAUGCAUCUUCAUUGCUCAGCUUUGAGCAGCAAAGUGAGAGGUCCUCAAUGUGGGAAAGUAACUUGAAUCAUAAUAGUACCCAUCAAUGGAGUCAGAUGGAGGAUUUUAACUGCUUUGACACUGCUAGCAAUUAUGGAGAUUGGUUAUAUACUGAUGCAACUGCAGUCACUGAUUGUAUAUUGGAGUCUGGUUCAGCACAAGAUGCAGCCUCCCUUAAGCGUCUGUAUAUGGGAGAAAGCACACAAGCUUUGAAGAAGCAAUGCGGUACUGCAACCUCCAAGAAGCUGAAUAAGGCAAAAUCAAUUGCAUCAAAGGGCCCGCAAAGUAUUGCAGCCAAGAAUCGCAGGGAAAGGAUUAGUGAGAGACUCAAGAUACUGCAGGAACUGGUUCCCAAUGGCUCCAAGGUUGAUUUGGUGACCAUGUUGGAGAAAGCAAUUAGUUAUGUCAAGUUUCUUCAAUUGCAAGUAAAGGUACUGGCAACAGAUGAAUUUUGGCCAGUUCAAGGUGGAAAAGCUCCUGAUAUUUCUCAAGUGAAGGAAGCCAUUGAUGCCAUCCUAUCGUCCCAGAGAGACAAGAAAUCAAGCUCAAAGCAAUGAGUUGACAAUGAGAAGAUGAAGAGAAUCAUUAAAUUACUAUAACAUAAUCUAGUCCAAAGACAACUCUGCAGGCAAAAGAAAAGCUUUGUUUUGGGAGUCAGCAAUAUUAAAUUGAAAGAAAAAUGUAUCUGACCGUAGAUAAUAUUUAAUCUUGUAAUGGAAUUUUUCUGCAUCUUGAUUUGUAAUGAAAAAUGAGAAUCUAUCCACCAGUACUUCGUA